AACACAACUUUUCAGUUAGUCUCAAAGUUGGUCAUAAAUUCAUAAUCAUAAACCAUGAAGUAUAAAAACACAUAAAAGUUAUAUUUCAUUGACGGCAUCAAAGGCAAAGAACAAACUAUGAACAAACUAUCAAAAGUAUGACAGUUUGGCUCUGUCAUUUUCUUGAUGUCUAUAAAUAAUAAUUAUAAAAAUGUGUUUUAAAAUCAUGCGAAUAAAAUAAACAUACCUACACCAAAAAAUAUCCAAUACAAAAACCGGACCCACAUAUACUACAACAAGUCAAUGGAUUUAGACGAUGCUAUUACUAUAACGCCAUUAGAAAUCGAUGGUAGAAGAUGGUAUGUCAUGAUCGGUUGGCUGGAAAAUUCAUUCAAACUAAAUCUAUAUCAUUCAGAUGUUGUAUGGAAAGGCAAAUUUUCGUACAACAGAUUAGCGACCUUUAGUAGAAAUUUUAACAUGACCGAGAAUGACUAUUAUACCAGCAUAAAACGAUGUUUAUCUGAAAAGAGAAAAGAUUACCACUAUGAACUUAAGGAUGGGUUUUUCUAUUGGAAACAAAAAAUUCCAAACGGUGUAACUCAAAGUAAACGAGAUAUGACGAUAAUUCGAGGAUUUAUGCCAGUUGAAUUGGACACCUCUUCAAGCAACGCUCGCCCAGAUUUGAUAGAAGUUCUUUUGACUUUAAAUAAACAAUUAAAAUAUAAAUUAAAUAAACUGAAAACUGAGUAUGAAACAAUUAAAUCAGACUAUAAAACGUGCUUAAAAGACACUCAAGAAUUUUUCAAUUUAAAAAUUGAGAUGGAGAAAGCACUUUGUGGCAGGUUUUUAAACACGAUUCGUGCUAAAAAAUCUGAAUUGGGCUCUUUCAAUACUUCAAACACAGUGUGCGCUGACACCAAACUAUUUAUUAAUCGUUUGAGCAAGAUAUAUCCAGACAAGAUUAAGGAGUGAUUCAAAAAAGCAUUAGGUGAUUUAAGCAUAUUGUACAAUCGGCAUCCAAAAAUCUAACCACGUCCUCACCAGUAAAGCGCCAAUUACAUGCACACUUCCCGAUAUCGGGCCCGAAAUUAGUCCCGAUGUUGGGCCUGAUAAGAAUUUACACGGAAUAUCAGCAAAUCGUUAACAAUAUUUGGAAUGUAAAAAAUACUAUGUCACUAAUUGCUAAAAAUGUUUAAUGUUUGAUAUUUUUGCAUAUGAACCAUUUUUUUACAUUUCAUAUAUUGUUAACGAUGUGCUGAUAUUUGAUGACACGGAAAAAUACUCUUGCCUGGGCCCGAUUUCGGGCCUGAUAAAGUGUGGAUGUAAUUGGCACUGUCCACGUUUUCAAUCCGAGAGCGAUGUUUUUUGCACAAAAUCUUGCAUUAGUGUUCAUGUAAUACAUUAUCACAGGGUCAUUCUUCAACUCGAGAAGCUCACAAAAGGCGCACUGGAGUUUUAAAAUAAAAACCCAGCCAAAAAAUUACAGUAUGGACACUAAUGGGCCUUUUUGAGCAAAAAUAUAAUUCUACAGUUUACCUGAUAAGUCGAAAUGGGUAAAGUCAAUCAACAUGACUUUAAAAUGUACCUAUUCAUAAUCGAGACACAGAAACUGUAGUUUGCUAUAACAUGGACUUUUUGCUGUAUUUUGUAACAGGUAUUGUUUCAAAGUUUUUUUUAAAUGUCUAAUAAAGAAUUCUUUAUUAAGGUGGUUCGACUAGGUUACCCAAAGCUUAAACCUCACUAGAUGGCGCCACAAUUGCAAAUUUUGAGUUUUAAUUUUUUUGUGGAGUAGUCUUGGUAUUUCUAUACUGUAAAUUAUGUUUAGCGCAAUCUUUAAAUAAAUAUUGAACUAUUACAACAAA